AUGAAUCACGUAAAUAAAUUUUGCUCAACUGUAAAGAGGAUGCAUUCAAGUAUUGUGUCUCUUUCUUUUUUUCAAAACUUGAAGUAUGUGUUUAGGGAAAUUGCUAUUAGAUUUUCCAGUUUUUUCAUUUACAUUCUGGUUGGUUUGUUAGCUGGCGAAUACUUUGUAUUUUUCUUUUUCUUUGUCUCUGCUUAUAAAGGUGGAAGAUACGGUAUUCCGAAGAUGGGGUCAAUGGAAAUGUACGAAGUAUUCAAAAGAGCAACCAUUCCUUUGUUUAUUUUGAAUUUUGCUUUCUUGUAUUGGUGUUGGAGGAUGACAAAUGCAACUCCAGAUAAUCAGGUCACCUUAGGUGGAGCUAUGUUAGCUUUUUCUGUUUGUUUGGUUAUUGUCUUUUUGUACGACGCAGAUUUCUUAGUACCUCUUAUGGCUAGAACAGGUAGAAAUCCUCAUGGAGUAGAUUUAGCCUGGUUUCAUUUGUUCCAUACUAUAACUGGGUUUUAUCUUGCUACUAUAACUCGUUGCUUUUAUGAUAGAAAAGGCGUACACGUGGAAUUAUUUGUUGAAGUAGUUGCUAUGUGGUUUUUCUUAGAAAUUGGUAUUAUGAUAAUGAGUAUAGGAUGCUUAUUUUAUAAAUUAUAAUUCCUAUUGUUGGGUUUUUUCCCUUUUUGGGUGUUUGUUUCAUGGCCGUUGUUAGAGGUUCGUUGGCCAUGUUUUGGUGAAAUAUGUUGGAAAGGCCAGUUUACAAAAAGGCUUUUUGGGCCAAUUUUUUAUAAAAAAAAGGAUUAGUUAAAGGUCCUUUAAAUAAGGAGAAAAGUAAUCUAUUUAAAAAAAAAAUUAUUGAUGUUUUGUUAAAAAAGAUUAUAAGUUAGGUAAAUAAAAAUCUGAUAGUGUGGUUUUUUUCACGCAUAUAUAAUGGAACUCAUUUAUUUACUUGUGUCAAAAAGCUAUUUUUGGUGUAAGUGUACAGGGAUAUUAUAUUUGUUCCUUUUUUAAGCUGGGAAUGGCUUUUGCGGUUAAAAUUACUAGCUAAAAAGACUAAAUAAGAGGAGUUGUGUUUUUCUCAU